AAUCUGAUUUAUUUUGUCUUGGUAAAGAAGAUGGUCAUGAGCAAGAGGAGGUGGUCGUGAGCAGAGCUGGUGAUCGUGAGCAGAGGAGACGUCUCCUCCCAUCGUCACAGGUCUCGAGCUUGCCCCUGUCAUCACCGGUCUCAAACUCGUCCCGGUCGUCCAUCGAUGGUGCCGGAGAUAGAGACAAAAUAGAGGAAGACAUCAAGAAGAAAGCGGCAAAGGAGGAGGGAGGCGGCAGCAGAGAUAUUAGGUUUAGAGUUAAUUAGGGUUUGUUUAUUGAGGUUUAGAUUUUGGUUAAUUAGUUAUUGAUUUAAUGUUCUGGUUUACUUAGUUUUUUUUUAAUUCUGGUUUAAUUUUAAUUGUAAAUUUAUUUUAAUUCAAUUUACAAAAAAAAAUUAUUUCAAUUAAUAAAUUUAAUUCAAUUUUAAUUUUAAAUUUGGAGUAAUUUUAAUUUUAAAUUUGGAGUAAUUUUAUCUUAUAUUUUAAUUCAAUUGUAUGUUACAUAUACAUUAAUAUAUGAUUUUUAUUGUAGAAAGACCUAUCAUAGCAUGGAAUAUGAAUCGUAGUUAAGCUAAUAACAUCAUUCAAGUAUUGCUAUCGUAUCAGUACAUAUAGUAGGGUCCAAAAAACUGUUAUCGUAUAUGGGGUACCUAAGAUGGCAUAUACUCGGGUAAGACCUAGAUUCGAACCGAGAUCGCAUAUACAAUACAGACCCGGACCCAAAGCAAACCCUUAUAUUCAUCGAUUUUGGUUUGGAUUUUCAGGUUCGGGUAAAAAUGUCGGUAUAAUUAGAAGUCCAGUUUGGAAUGAAACUCUGUUACGGUAAUAAAAAAUUCCUUACUAAAAAUUCAUAUAAAACAUCCCCUUGAAUUUGUGGUCAUAUUGAAACAGUCAUAUUCAUACAUAUCUAUAGUAUAUAUUUUUAGAAAGAAAAAACAUAGUCAGAAAGUCAAAUGUGCAAAGAGAGGAAAGUCAAAUAGUAUGUUUUUUUUUGGGAUCUUUUUCAUAAAAUUCAAUAAAAAUGGAAAAGUUUGCUUGACAGCUUGUACUAUUUCUUUGUAGUUACUCAAUUUUCUUUCAUUGUAUUCUACCAUAAAUCUUACAUUCCAUUUUUAUUACAUAAUACUAUGUACAUAAAGUAACAACCAAUUUUAAUAGAUUUCUUUUUGACACAUGUCAAAAUUUCAUGAUGACAAAAUCCAAUUUUUGUAAUAUAAAAAGCUUCAUUCUUCCUUGUAAUAAGACACAUACAUCUUCUAGCUAGCAUACAUACAUCCCUGGCUUUCAUCUAAACGUCUACAAAAGUAAAUUUUCUAAUGUCUAUAGCACAUAUAACCGAGGCUGGAGAUAAAGCUCUCUUUCUGCAGCAAGAAACUUCUGAAAUCAACUCUCCUCUUAAUGAAUUUCCGCCGAGUACUAAUGUUCUUGUUGUCGACGCCAAUCUCAGCACUUUACUUGAUAUGAAAGAAAUCAUGGAACGCUGCGCCUAUCAUGUGACGGCUUAUGCGGACUCGGAAGAAGCUAUUGCGUUUCUGACAAAGUGUAAACAUGAGAUUAAUAUUGUGAUUUGGGAUUAUCAUAUGCCUGGAAUUAAUGGACUCCAAGCUCUCGCAAUCAUUGGUUCAAAGAUGGAUCUUCCUGUAGUAAUUAUGUCUGGUGACGAUCAAACAGAAUCGGUGAUGAACGCAAUGGUACAUGGUGCAUGUCACUAUGUUAUGAAACCCGUUAGAAAAGAGAUCAUAGCCACCAUAUGGCAACACAUUGUACGCAAGAGGAUGAUGUCUAAACCAGGUUUAGUUCCACCUGUUGUGGUUCAUGGUGACUGUUCCAAGCAAGAGAAAGAUGAUUCCGUGACCGUAGACCAAGAUGAUAGUGAGGAGAGCAUCGAUAAGAUAGAAGAGAAAGCAACACAGAAACAGACAAUGAUAUGUAUAGAAGAAACUCAACCAAUGCAAUCACAUUUGGUUAAGAGUAACGGUUCAGACCAAGACGACGACGAUUCCAGGAGCGUAAGAAAUUACAACUAUGAACAAAGCAUCGACAAGAAAAAAGAGAGAUAUUUGAAGAGACCGCGGAUUUCGUGGACUGGAGAUCUUCAACAGAAAUUUCUCGAAGCCAUCGAUAUAGUUGGUGGGCCUAAAAAAGCUAGUCCAAAGGUACUUCUCAAAUGCUUGCAUGACAUGAAUAUCGAAGGACUCACUAGAAACAAUGUGUCCAGUCAUCUUCAGAAAUAUCGUCUAAGUCUUGAGGAGAACAAAAUUCCUCAACAGUUUCCAGAGACUGGUUGGUCUAGUUUGAGUAGACCUUCACCUUUCUUAGGUAUGAACAAUGGUUUCAUAGCACCAACGUCCCUUAGGAAUUGGCCAGCUGUUUACCCGGUCCAGGACAAUCAAUAUCAAAAUGGUUACUUGGCAAUAAACAACAACCAGUUCGUGACCAAUAAUAUGCCUGGUUUUCCCUACUCGGAAAAUGAUCACCAUCUCCAGCAGCAGCAUCAACAACGACAAUAUCAGCUUUCUAAUCACGUGAUGAACUACAUGAUGAGAAAUGAACCUCAACAAGCUUAUAAUAGCAUCGGUUUAACGGAUCUCGAACCAAAUAUUUAUCCAAGUCUGCCGUACGAUCCAAACGAGUUUCUAUUCGAUGGCUACAAUUUCAGUAACUGAUAUGAGCUUCUCUUUAAGACGGUCUUUGUAGGAGAUUAUUUGGUUUCUAGAAAAAUUCAAGAUUGUGAGGGAAUAAUCAAGUGACAUAAGGGAAAACUAGCAUGUCUUGUGCGUUGCAAGAAGUUUAGCUAUUAUUAUAUGGACUAAUUACAAAGUAUCUGUUACUGGUAAUAUGUAUAUCAGUAAAUCAGGGUAUCAUAUGUAUGAAAUGCUUUUGUUUAAUAAACUUUUGAUUUAUGAAUA